GGGGCUCUGCGGGGUUGCCUUCUCUUCUGCGAGUCUUGGUCUGCGUCGUCGUCGUUGGCAAUAUCCUGCAGAAAAUAAGCAUAUUUUGCGCGUUCGGCAGCGUAUGCAGCCUUCAAUAUGGCCGACGGGUCUCUGCCUCCUGAGGACUCGGCCACUGCGAUGGACGUGCAUCCGCCUCUAGAUCCUACGGACGGCGUCCGAAUGACCGCUGCAAUCAGGGAGAGUUAUACGGACAGCGGUCUGCCAGUAAUUAACCAAUAUAUUCGCGGGCCUAUGAUUGGGAAGGGGCAGCACGGAGAUGUCUAUCUGGCUUGGGACUUGCUGCACGAAAAGCAGCCAGUGGCCAUCAAAUCCGUCAGGCGGCGCAACCCCCGGGCUGAGAAGAUGAAGAAGUUGCGACGUCCGUCUAACAUGCCGAGCAGCCCUCACAUCCCCUUGAGCGAGAGGCUGAGCAGCACGGAACAGAAAAUCCGGAAGGAGAUUGCCAUCAUGAAGAAGCUGCGACACGCGCACAUAGUACGUCUCUUGGAAGUCAUAGACGACAAGCUUUACUCGCGCAUUUUCAUGGUCAUGGAAUUCCUCGGAGGAGGGGAAGUGAAAUGGCGUGACCGUAAUGGCCGCCCUGUGCUUCAUGUCGACCAAAGUAGAAGAAUCAUCCGAGAUGUCAUACUCGGUCUAGAGUACCUCCAUUAUCAAGGCAUAAUCCAUAGAGAUAUAAAACCCGCUAAUCUCAUGUACACGAGCGAUCGACGUGCCGUGAAGAUCACCGACUUCGGCGUGUCGCACUUUUCCUAUGCCCAGCGUCUCGCCGCGGCGGGUCAGCGCAAGGCUACUGGGGAUGCCUUAGACGACUCCAUCCUCAUGGACGAGUCUGAUCUCUCCAGGACAGCUGGCACCCCCGCUUUCAUGGCGCCCGAGGUCAUCUACGAAAUCGGGACCAUGUCCGCGGACGGCCAGACCUCUGUCACUCCGCUGACCCCGCCGAAGCGGCAGAUCUCGAAGGCCAUCGACGUCUGGGCGCUCGGCGUGACGCUGUAUUGCUUGCUUUUCGGCACGACACCGUUCUUUGACGAGGACAUGAACGAGUAUCCCGUGUACCAGAUGAUAUGCAACCAGGACUGGGAUUUGCCCGCGACCAUGGGCUCGGAUAAGAUAGAGUCGGGCCCGAGACAUCCGCCGAAGACCAAGCACGACACCGAGGGCAACAUUGUCGUCCGCCUCCUCGAGCGCCUCCUCGAGAAAGACGCCGAGAAGCGGAUAACCCUAGACCAGGUCAAGCGCCACCCGUGGUUUUUGCGCGACAUCCCAAACCCAGACGCCUGGAUACGCGAGACGUCGCCGAGCAACGAGGAGCAGGUGACGGUCACGGAGGACGACGCGAGUGACGCCAUGUCCGACGUGCGCUUCCGGUGGACGAAGCGGCUCACGCGCCCGAUCUCAAACCUGUGGAAGACGGUGCGCACGCAGCGCUCGUUCCGCUCCAGGCACGAGGAGGACGACGACGACUUCAAGUGUAUAGGCCAGAGAUCUGCACCGCAUGUGAUGGUCACUCGGGCGAAGAGUACGGGCUCCAGGCCGCCCACGGCGACAGGGUCGCUCGAGAAAGGGAAGGCUCGGCGGCUUGCCCCACUCGCUCCUGAGUACAAGAACGAGUCGUCGCCGGACGUCAUCUCUCAUAUGCGCUCGAGAUCCACGGAUCGACUGCCGAGUCCGCGACACCAGUCGGCGCAGAUUGCUGGUUCGUUUGGGAAAGCGCGUCGGGGUUCAGAAACUUUGCUUGUCCCUAGACCACGUCAUGCUCUACCCCCGACUCCCCGUUCCGCGCAUUCUGCUAGCCCCACAGCAAGCAGCAUUGGAGAUGACUCGCCGUACGGCGGGAAAGGUUCGGCAGACAGAAGCCCAGAUGAGCCUUCGCGAAAUCGAUUCUCACUUUCCUCCUGGAUCCCUACUAGCCUACGUCCCAGCCGACAUACGUCUUACGGGCCCGCUCCUCACGAAGCAUCUACUUCAACCUCCACAUCUGCGGCGUCGUCUCCCCGCGGCACACAUGUCAGAGGGAGUCCCAUUGCAGAUCUCUAUGCAAGGAGAAGUGAAGAGGCUUUCACGAUUGUACCCAAGAGGGCCGCUUCGUCCGAGAAGGCGUCCGAGUCGCUGACUGCAGCGAGACGAGCCUCUAGCUGGGGCGAGACCGCCGAGUACAUGCGACAUUCUGAGGACGUGACAAGCGUGCAUUCUGCUGAUCAAUGGGAAUCCGCUGGUGUAGACAAGGAGGUUAUGCAUCUUGGAGCGGGAGGUAUUCUGCUCAACGAGCCUCUUCACCCUGCAGCGUCGGCUGUUCGCCUUGUCACAGGGAGCAGUCCUCCAUCUUCUUAUCCCCUCGUACCCCUACAUCCCCAAACCGAACGCCUGUUCAGCGAGACGGGCGAUGUUCCCCCCGCCGCCGACCCAGCGGUACAAGAUCUUGUUAGACAGGCUCAAGCGCAUCCGCGUUCGCACACCACAAGUCCCUUGGCACAAGUAUACUACUCGGACAACAGGUAUCAAGAUUUCGAGGACGACUCUAGUAGCUUCUUCGGUCGCAACUCCGAUGACGAGGAGCGACCAACCUUGAAUACCAGCCAGAUGUAUAAUGAAGAGGACGAGGAGAGCGACGACGAAGCCAUCACACUAGAGGUCCGACGACGGCGACCAUCGGUAUCAGUCACGAUGGCUUCGUCACCCCCACCCCCAGAUAGCAGCGAAGAAUAG